AUGGAGAGUGUUGUUUCGGCUCGCGCAUUUGUUAGAGAUGUUAAGCGUGUCAUAAUCAAGGUUGGAACUGCUGUUGUCACUCGAGUUGAUGGGAGAUUAGCACUUGGAAGGUUAGGAGCACUCUGUGAGCAGAUUCUAGAACUGAACAAUCAGGGAUAUGAGGUCAUUUUGGUGACAUCAGGAGCAGUUGGUGUUGGUCGUCAACGGCUUAGAUAUAGGAGAUUGAUAAACAGCAGCUUCGCUGACCUCCAAAAACCACAACUCGAACUUGAUGGGAAAGCUUGUGCAGCUGUUGGACAAAAUGGUCUCAUGGCUGUCUAUGAUAUUUUGUUUAGUCAGUUGGACGUGACAUCAGCACAGCUUCUCGUGACUGAUAAUGAUUUUAGAGAUCCAAAUUUCAGAAGACAACUCAAUGAGACAGUAGAGUCUUUGUUGUCUCUGAAGGUUGUUCCUAUAUUUAACGAAAAUGAUGCAGUCAGUACAAGGAAAGCUCCUUAUGAGGACUCUUCUGGAAUAUUUUGGGAUAACGACAGUUUAGCAUCUCUACUAGCGCUGGAGUUAAAAGCUGACCUCCUUGUUCUGUUGAGUGAUGUAGAUGGUCUUUAUAGCGGGCCUCCAAGUGAUCCACAUUCAAAGUUAAUUCAUACAUACGUUAAGGAGAUGCAUGAGGGCUUAAUUACUUUUGGAGACAAAUCUCGGGUUGGAAGAGGGGGAAUGACUGCCAAAGUAAAAGCUGCAGUUCAUGCUGCUCAUGCUGGUGUCCCUGUUAUUAUCACCAGUGGCUUCUUGGGUGACAGUAUUCUUAAAAUACUCGACGGAAAUAAUAUUGGUACUCUGUUUCAUCGGGAGGCUAAUGAAUGGGUCCCGCUCACAGAAGUCGGAGCACGUGAGAUGGCAGUUGCAGCUAGGGAAAGUUCCAGAAAACUGCAGGCAAAUAUAAUUAACUGGCACUUUGGUUACGAAUUCUUGUGA